AUGAAAGCAGUGGCAGUGUUGUAUCCGGGAGGGCCAGCCGCAGCAGAGACUCCGGAACUGCUGGGAUGCGCCGAAAACGCCCUUGGACUGCGCGAUUGGCUUGAGGGACAGGGCCACGAACUGGUGGCCACAAGCGACGCAGGGGCCGGGCUGGACAGUCACCUUCCCACAGUGGAUGUGCUGAUUGCGACCCCCUUCUGGCCGGCCUACAUCAGCCGUGAGCGCAUCGAGAACGCGCCGAAUCUCAAGCUGCUGCUCACCGCUGGUGUUGGAUCCGAUCACUUCGACCUCGCCGCCGCGGCCGAGCGGGGCAUCACGGUGGCCGAGAUCACCGGCAGCAAUGUCGUCAGCGUAGCCGAGCAUGUGGUGAUGCAGAUCCUGACGCUGGUCCGCAACUACAUGCCCGCCUACCGGGAAGUUCUGGACGGUGGCUGGGACAUUGGCAAGGUUGCGGCACCUUCCCACGACCUUGAGGACAAGCGGGUGGGCAUCGUCGGCUUCGGCCGCAUCGGCCAGAGAGUGGCAACGAGGCUGAAGGGCUUCGACGUUCAGUUGCGCUACUUCGACUAUCGCCGCCUGCCGCACACCGAGGAGACCGUGCUCGGGGCCCGGUUCCAAGGGCUAAGGGCGCUGGUGGCUGAGAGCGACUUAGUCAGCAUCAACAUUCCCCUCACGCCGGCCACGCAGGGGAUGUUCGACCGCGACCUGCUCUACAGCAUGAAAAAGGGCGCCUACCUGGUGAACACCGCCCGAGGACGCAUUGUUGACACCGACGCCCUGGUGGAGGUGAUGGAGGCCGGACACCUCGCUGGCUACGCAGGCGACGUCUGGUACCCGCAACCCGCUCCCGCCGACCACCCUUGGCGCAACAUGCCGAACCACGCAAUGACGCCCCAUGUCUCCGGGACCACACUGGAGGCACAGCGCCGGUACGCCAACGGCAUACGCGAAUGCCUGACCUCAUUCAUAGCAGGAGAGCCGAUAGACCGCGACUACAUCAUCGUGGAUGGUGGCCGCGUUGCCAGCCCCAGCUACAGCCCCGCCUAUCAGUAA